UGAAUCAUGUGAUGUCCACUUGAACCGGCAAAUCUCGAGAUUCUAACCUAAAUCUGCUCCAUUUUCAUCAUACAUCGCAAUAACUGCAUUAACUUUUGAUUAUUAAUAAAAUGAUGAAUCACGGGUUUUUGAGUGAAUCAAUUCGUAGGGUAAAAUUGCGCUUUAAGAAUCAUGUUGUUGGAUCUGUUCAAGGUGAUGUGGAAUACAAGGGGACUGGGUAUAAUAAAGAUCUUCAAGUCAUGGGCGAUGAAAGUAUGCCGAAAGUAGACCUGGUGAAAGACGCAUCGAAACUGUCAACCUCAGAUCUUCAUUGGAUGAAACUAAUAGAGAAACAAAACCUGGAAAGAGUUCAAAAGCUAAAACUCGAGAGAAAAAGAAGUGCAAUCAUUGGCCUAGCCCUCACCGCAGCUGUUUUUUCCAUUUACAGCUACACAAUUCACGCUGUUAAGCAGGAGAAUUACUUUGAUGAUUUUGAAUUGCCGGAAACUAUUUCAGACGAGGAUUAGGUGGCAUUGAUUUGACUUAGAAAGGCGAUUAUUGAUUCUGUAAUUAAAACUACUUCAUUUGCUUUA